CAGAUGAAGAGCAACAUUUUGCGACCUUCUUGGAGAAAAUAUUGGGAUUCUUGUACGUCGUAGAGUAAGCGUUUGCUUCUUGAUGGUCGUUGGUUAUUAGAGAUAAGAGCAAACCAAAUAAACCGUCGCAAAGAUGGCGAAAGAACACCACUCCGUUUCUGAACAGAUAGAGCGCGAGAAGACGCUCCCCUUCGGCCUCGGUCGUAUCCGGCCGCAGCCGGAAAUCAAGGCGCAUGAUUGGAUGCUGGAUGAAGAUGCGACGAUGGUGCCGCGCAGUUUUUUCGACCUGUACAUCAAGCCCAAUCUGAAGCCCCCGGCAGAGUGCGAGGAGGGUAGUGUCUUUCCCGAUUUCGAGGCUUUCUGUGCGAAAGGAGCGGCACAUGAGAGGGCGAAACGGGCGAAAGCGAAGGAGGACUACAAAGUUGCUAAGCCGGAGCUCGCUGGAGAUGAGAACGCGGACAUAGAAUCAGCGCAGCGAUCGUCGCAAGGAUCGAGUAAAAGCAAAGCACUUCUUUCAGAUUCAGAAGAUGCGCAAGCUGAUAAUAAAAAAGACGAUGAGCACGGAUCUCAAGGCGCCGGCAUCUUCUACCAGGGCUCCCUCCUGAUUCUCACACAGAAACCAGAAAUCGCACGUGAAAGUCUCAACCAGCGCCGGAGAGAGCUGGAAGAGCUACCACCAAUUGACGACAAACUUUCCGAUCAGGAGUACGUGGCUGCGCUCCUCGACCGAACCAGAAAGGUAGAAAACUUUCUUUCCGAACUGCGAAAGUGUUCUGGUGUGCUCAGCUACUCCAAUUUGAAAAGGUUGAUCGAAAAGCAGGAACGACGGUUAGAGAGAUAUGCCGCCGACAAGGAUUUCAAGCUUGCUUACUGUCUUGUAACCGGUUUGCAAAAAGAAUCAGCGUUUUUUCGGCCACUGUACCCGCAGCUUCUCCCCGGGCACAACAACUACACCGUGGACACUAGUUCUCAGAACGCGUCUAUUCCGCUGAUCGACUUCGAACUCAUCGAUCUUGGAGGAAACACAAUCGCCGGAGGCAGAGCGGAGUGCGUUGCAAAAAAUCUUAUCACCGGCUCCGCCUUCCACCUCGUGGCUGACGCUUUGUGCCUUAGUAGCCGUGCAGAAGAAGAACUGUUCGAGCUGUUCGACGACUACACCAAUGAAUAUUGGGAGGGCUAUCACGGCUUUCUCCAAAUUCCUCUGCGGUGGACCUUGGAAUGCGCGUUUGGGUGUAAGAUACUCCGGUCUCUGUGCAAGUUUCAAACAGCUGCUUUCAGACAAUUUACCCAGGAUCUAGAAAUUCCACCAGACUUCCUCGAGGUCGAGCCAAAAUGCGCGAGCGUUCUGUCGUUCUUGGGGUCUCCAUGCAUCGAUCUUCCCGCGGCCGGCGGUGCCUCCGGCUCCUCUGCAUCAACCGGAGCAUCGAAUCAUCAUACAACCGGCGGCAAUGAGAAUAGCAAUCGUGCGGCCGCUUCCGCUGCAAGCAGUUGUGCUCCUUCUAACGUCUCGUCUUCGGGCCAGCGACAAACUUUCCGCGGGGUGCGACUGGCGUGGUCGGAUUUGAGACGCGCUACUCUGCGUAAGAGAGUGCACAGGUACGUUUGUCGUAGGCGUCACCGCCUCAGCUACCGGUUGGUAGACUUCUCAAACGGAGAUAAGAAAGAUGAACCUCUCAAGUGGCGCGAGUACAAGAACCUCUCUGUCUGCGCCCACCCGCUCGCUCUUGGCUUUACCAUCGGGCCAACGGAUGGCGCCAUCAUCUCCGCGGGGCUCCGAAGGAGGCCCCCACCUGAUCAGAUCGAAGUCAAAGACGAUCUUUAUCAUCUCGAGGCUAUGUUCCUUCAAUUGAUUCAGCGCACGAGCGAGGAUUUUUGGAAACGACUUGCGAUUGAGAAGUGUCAAGAGAAAAUGCUACACACGCCACCGCUGCCCUGGAAGCUGCAUCUUCCUGCAGGCCCUCCGUCCGGGCCCGGGACGUUUGAGUAUUGCUUAGAGUACGACCUCGAGUGCUGCUUCAGAACAGAAGAAGAGGCGAAAGAUUUUUUUGACGAGUUGAAAACUAUGAUCACCGUCCUGCGCCGGUACAAAUUCGACGCUGACCUGGAAAAACUGCGAGAGAGCAUGCGAUUUGACUCCGACCUUGCGCGAGGAAUUUGUCCCUGGUUUUCCACAGUUUUUCCUGAUCAAGAUGCCCCCAUCAGCUUCGAAAAAGCCCGUUUUUGGAUCGACGGGUUGCCGGCAGACGCGCACCCGGACCUGCACAAACCGAAUUUCGGGAACGCAACCUGGGUGGACUUAGCGAAAGCGGUUUUUCCAAACCGCUUGGAAAAACAGGAAAGGAGAAAGAGCAAAAAUACCAAAGUUGUGUCGAAAGUUACAACCUGUUUGACGGAAGAUGAUAACGUGGAACAUCAGGAAGUGAAGGAAGAAGACACUGCUUUUGAAAACGAAGAAUUAUGCGCAGUGGACGAUCACGACGACGAAGAAUGCGUAGGAGUCCGGGAUCCGAUCCGGUUUUACUGCGUGUUUCCGGAAGAAGACGAGAAUAAAGACGAGAAUGAAGAUGACGAUGAGAGUGAAUACGGAGAUGAAUCGUCGGAGGAAUAGUGCGUGAAUCCAUCGGACAGAUACAACUUACUUCCGCCGCGUUUUUGAUUGAACGACGUGUGUAAAGAAGUUUUCGUUGCGAUGAGGAUCCUCUACUCCUUGUCCUUCCUCAUUUGCCUUGCUCUCAACAUUUUUAUAUCCACGAUCCAUGUGCCAGUAUUCGGCUAUGCUGGUCUGCGCUAGUCCGGAAAAUCGCUUUAGCGUUCUGUAAAAGGCUCUGAUGUCAAAAGU